UACGGCUCCUGCGUCAGCUGCUCCCGACGGCCUCACGAAGCGGAGGCGAAGCUUUCCCACGGGCGCCUUUCGUUCUUGGAGCGGAAGAUCCGCUGCCUCCCCCCCCCCGCCCCAAUCUCCCUCCCUCCUCGGUCUUUUUGCUGAUGAGAAGAACCACAUGAAAUACACAGUAAUGUACAUUUGAUUUAGGACAUGAAAAAAGGGACAUUGGUGAUACUUCUAUGGAAAAUGCGCUGCACUAGGCUGAGAUGGCAAUUCUAGGCUUAAGUUCUAUGAACCAUUAUUCUUUGAGAAAAAGAGGCAUUUUUAUGCUGAAACUUAUUUGUUUUACUCUGACAGUAUUCAUUUUCUGUGAAUUUUUAAUUUAUUAUGUAGUUAUAAUUCAAUGUCAUUGGCCCAAAUUGAAAAACCAGACUCUGGGGACUAACAAACAGAAUUCACAUUCUGUUUUGAAAACCAUCUUUUUAUCAGAUCCUCAUUUGCUUGGUAGAAUCAAUGGACAUUGGUUGGACAAGCUAAGGAGGGAAUGGCAAAUGGAGAGGGCCUUCCAAACUGCCCUCUGGCUUCUGCAGCCAGAAAUAGUCUUUAUCCUGGGCGAUAUCUUUGAUGAAGGAAAAUGGAGCUCUUCCCAGGCCUGGUCAGAUGAUGUGAGGCGGUAUCAAAAAAUAUUUUGGCAUCCAGACCACACAGAAGUAUUUGGUAUUGUUGGCAAUCAUGACAUUGGCUUUCAUUAUGAGAUGACAUCAUUCAAGUUGGAACGUUUCUCUAAAGUUUUCAACUUCUCUUCAGAAAAAAUAAUAACUCGGAAAGGGAUAAACUUUCUUAUAGUGAACAGUGUUGCUCUUGAAGGUGACGGGUGUAUAAUUUGCAGAACAGCAGAAGCCAAACUCAUUGAACUUUCCCACCAACUGAAUUGCUCAUUGAAGGAACAAAAUCAAUAUAAAAAAAGCUGUAGUAAUGUGGAUAAGGUCCCAAUCUCGGCUCCAAUUCUAUUGCAGCAUUAUCCUCUUUACAGAAGAAGUGACUCAGAAUGUACAGGAGAAGAUUCUGUUUCCCUGGAGAAAAAGAAUGACCCCUUUAGAGAGAAAUAUGAUGUGCUUUCUCAGGAAGCUUCCCAUAAGCUAUUGUGGUGGUUUCAUCCUCGAUUGAUUCUGAGUGGCCAUACCCAUAGUGCCUGUGAAGUGCUUCAUAAUGAUAACAUUCAUGAAAUCAGUGUUCCAUCAUUCAGUUGGAGGAACAGAAACAAUCCUAGUUUCAUAAUGGGCAGCAUAACAUCAACAGAGGUCUCGCUCUACAAGUGCUUUCUUCCAUAUGAGAACACAGUAAUAACCAUUUACUGUACAGCAGGAUCUGUGCUGGUGGUCCUCAUUCUGGCUCACUUUCAGCCCCAUCUUUCCCCUUACCAUUUUGUUCAGCGUUUAAUCACUAAGUAUAAAGCACUAUGAAAAGUCAGACACUUGGAAUCAGUCACUGACACACCAAAGCUAAAGAACAAUCCAUCAGACUACAUUCAUGCCAGCAAAUGCGUACUUGAAUUGCUAGCCCAAAGGCAAACUGCUCUUACAGACAGAAAGCUCUAGACAGUUGAUAGGACUUUUUUUUUAACUACAGGAUAAAGUAACUGCUUCAUGCUGUACAAAAAUAUUGUAAUCUACAAUCAAACGAAUGGUUUUCUUGCUAAAUUUUUUUUUGUAUCAAAUAUGUAUAUUAAAAGUUUGUAACUGUACACUAAGCUCUACAAGCCUCCUUUUGUGUCUGCACUAGUGCCCUAUGCUGUUAGAGGCUCAGUCUUUGUAAUAGAAAAAGAAUUUUAAAGUGUUAUUGCUGCAUGACCAUCUGAAGUGGUACUUCAUUUCCUUGAUAUCAGCAAUACAAGAUGCAGUUAUUUUACAGCAAGGUAUUACCAAAACAGAAGCAAAACAUAAUUAUAAUAGCUGACAUAAUUUUCUACCCUCACAAGUCACUUUUAAAUUAGAUGUAAAUAGUUUUAGAUGGUAGUCAUGUGACAGCAUCAACAACAACAAAAAAAACCUUUGCUAAUAAGUUUGCAGAGUAUUGGCAAACCAGGUAGAAAACUGAAAAGAAGCCUCUUGCACAUUCAGAAUAAGGGUGUGCACUCUGUAUCCAUGAACACAUGGACUGAAGCUUGGUUGAACAUUUCCCCUGGAAUAAGAUGUAAACAACUACUGUUAGAUUCACACAGAGUUUUUAUGGUAUGACUCAGUUUGCGUGACUGACUAUUUCCCCCAAGAGAAAUAAACUUUAUCAGAAAACUUUGCAUUCCAUUCCUAAAUGUUUAAGUCCUAUCUGAUUAAUAGCAUUAAAAAAGUGCUUAAGUAUGCAACUUAAAAAGGCAUUAUAAAUUAAGCUGUAGAAAUUUAUAGACUUGGUUUUCUUUAUCUACUUAUAUAAACUUUAAAGAGAAUUUUAUUCAGUAAAGAAGAGUUUAGGUUAGCCUUCCUCAGCAUGUUGCCCACCUAAGAAUUGAGACAACAGAUCCCAAAAUUCCCAGGCAUGUUGGAAAGAGUUCUGGAAGUUGUAAACAAAAUCUAUCUAGAGGGCAUUAGAUUAAAAUUGUCUGAACGAUAGAAUAUAAUCUGUGACAUUUGCAGCAAACAAAGAAGGGAUACAAUUAUAAUAACUCUACCCUAUUCCUUUCAAUAACAGAACCAUUCUUUUUU